AAAACAGAAAAUAAAAAUAAUUCUUGUCACCCCACGAAAAAGGUACAUCCUCUUUUUCGUCCCUUCAAUUUAUCGGACUUUGUACAGCAACAAACGACAAUGGCUACGUCAACUAUAGUAGCACGACCUCUUCCCGUCCUGCCGGAGGGCUGGUCCGCAGAGAAAGAUUUUAAACAAAUCGCUUCCAUCACCGCGUCAACUCAACGCACCAUCGAACCCGUCGGCCCUCAUUUCCUUGCCCACGCCCGCCGCGCCCGUCAUAAGCGUACAUUCUCUGAAGAUGACCGAAUUCAGGCCCAGGAGAGCGCCAAGAAAAUCGAGAAGGACGACGAGAGCGAUGUUAGCGAGCCUGAGGAUCCUCUGAUGCUCCAGCGGGAUGCCAAGGACUGGAAGUCGCAAGAUCACUACCAAGUCCUUGGUUUAUCCAAGUACCGAUGGAAGGCAACAGAGGAGCAGAUCAAGCGUGCUCACCGAAAGAAGGUCCUAAAGCACCACCCUGAUAAGAAAGCUGCCCAGGGCAGUACGGAGGACGACAACUUCUUCAAGUGCAUCCAGAAAGCUACCGAGGUCCUACUUGACCCUGUUAAGCGCCGACAAUUCGACUCUGUUGACGAGAAGGCCGACGUCGACCCGCCGACUAAGAAGGAAUUGGCCAAGGGCAACUACUACAAGCUCUGGAGCCGUGUCUUCAAGUCCGAAUCGCGCUUCUCCAAGCAGCAACCCGUGCCCACCUUUGGCGACGAGAACUCGACCAAGGAGGACGUAGAGAAUUUCUAUAACUUCUGGUACAACUUCGACUCGUGGCGCUCGUUCGAAUACCUGGACGAGGACGUGCCGGACGACAACGAAAACCGCGACCAGAAGCGCCACAUGGAGCGCAAGAACGCCAACGCCCGCAAGAAGAAGAAGGCCGAGGACAACGCGCGCCUGCGCAAGCUCCUCGACGAUUGCUCCGCCGGCGACGAGCGCAUCAAGAAGUUCCGCCAGGAGGCCAACGCCGCCAAGAACAAGAAGCGCCUCGACAAGGAGGCCGCCGAGAAGAAAGCGAAGGAGGACGCCCGCCUGAAGAAGGAGGCGGAAGAGAAAGCUGCCAAGGAGGCCGAGGAGAAGGCCAAGGCCGAGCGCGAAGCCAACAAGAAGGCGAAGGAGGCCGCCAAAACCGCCGUCAAGAAGAAUAAGCGUGUGCUCCGCGGCUCCGUCAAGGACGCCAACUACUUUGUCGGCGCUGGCGACGCUAGCCCCGCCCAGAUCGACGCCGUACUGAACGACGUCGACCUCGUGCAGGGCAAGAUAGACCCCGACGAGAUCGCGGCGUUGGCCGGAAAGCUUAACGGCCUCAAGGUUGCGAACGAGAUCAAGGGCGUGUGGAGCGAGGAGGUCAAGAGACUCGUCGACGCUGGUAAGCUGAAGGAUGGUGAAGCUAAGUCUUUGGCGUAGAUAGACUCCUAGGUUAGGUACUCAUAGGAGAUAAUAGCCUUAUAUCGUCUAGGUUGCGUGUUUCCCCUAUAUCUUGUGCUACUUCCUAGCGGGUUGGGCAAAAAACAAAACUACUAGUGAGUACCAGUAUCUUCAAAAGGGGUAGUCAUUACGCCAGAUAAGACCCAGAAGCCUUUUGCUAAGUACUAUACCUGGUUUCAUUAUUUAGCUCUUGUGUAAAAUC